AUGUCAAAAAAUGAAUUAGGACGUAUUGCCAUUGUUGGAGCAGGACCAGGUGGACUUACAUUAGCACGUAUUCUACAAUUGCACGGUAUUGACGUCAAAGUAUACGAACGAGAAAGUUUUAUCGAUGCUCGAUCGCAAGGAGGAACUUUGGAUCUACAUGUGGAAUCAGGACAAUAUGCUCUUCAAAUAGGAGACUUAUUUGAAAAGUUUCAAGUACUUUGUCGCCCUGAGGGACAAGAUGUACGCAUCGUCGACAAGUCUGACACAAUUCAUUAUGAAGAAAUAUCCCAUGAACUUAAUUUUGAUCGCCCAGAAAUUAAUCGACGUGAUUUACGACAACUACUUCUCGAAUCACUGAAACCAGAUACCAUUGCUCAAGGAUACAAUUUAAAAAGCGUCCACUUAAUGAACAAUGGUCAACAUACACUUGUGUUUGAUAAUGGAGUAACGGGUGUUGCUGAUUUGGUCAUUGGAGCUGAUGGUGCACGGUCAUGCAUCCGUUCUGUUGUAUCUACUGCAAUACCACAGUAUUGCGGCGUGACGAUAGUGGAAAUACAAUUCACCGAUGUUGACGAUCGGCAUCCUGAGAUUGCCAAAUUGGUUGGUCGUGGUACGAUAUUUGCUUUAUCCGAUAACAAUGGUCUUAUUGGUCAACGGAAUGGACAGAAUCAAAUUCGCAUUGCUUUCGAUCAACCAGAACAAGCUCGUAAGGAUCUUUUUCAGUUAUUUGCUGAUUGGGAUAAUAGUCUGCUCAACUUUAUUCAUUUUUGUGAUGCUAAUUUUAUUCCACGCCCUCUAUAUACGCUACCUAUAAAUCAUAGAUGGGAAACACAUCAAGGUGUAACAUUACUAGGCGAUGCUGCUCAUCUCAUGUCUCCUUUUGCCGGUGAAGGUAUUAAUUUAGCUAUGCUCGAUGCUACAGAGUUGGCUAUUGCCAUUACCAAUGCAGACGAUUUAAAACAAGCAAUUCACAAUUACGAACAAAAGACAUUUCUUCGUGCGGCUAAGGCUGCUGACGAAUCAUCUAGCAAUCUUGGUUUGCUUAUUUCAACAGGAAAUGCAGCGAAAAUUGCGGCAGAAUUCUUUAAAAAAUUAAUGGAAGGUGGACCCCCAAAAGACACUGAAAUAUAG